UUGCCCUUUCUAUAUAUAAAUCCAUGCCCACCUCUCCUAAACCCUCCGGCUAAAACGAAAUUUGGAAGGUGCUAGUUAGGCUGAGGGAAAUGGCCAGUACCGGAGCAGCCGCCGAGGGAAUAUUCAGAUGUCUGUACGAGAGUUGCAUUUCAAGCUGCGACACCUGGAUUGAGCGACGGCCUUACCAUCGGAAUUGCACCUGUGCACUCCACAAGCCACGUAGUGGCAGCUCCCAUGUUGUAUCGAAUAAUAUGUGCAGAAAGAACGUGUCUUACCCCAUGAGGAGGUCCUGGAGUGAGGGCUCCCUUGCCUUGCACGCUGCAGCUUCUUCAAACUAUUCAUCGCCUUCUUCUUCAUCAUUACUUGUGGUUGGGGCUGCUGCAGCGAGGGGGCCACAGUCGUCGAGUUUGUUUGUUCAAGAUGAGGAGGAUGAUGAUCAGUAUGGUUUGUUCAGGAUUUAAAUCCUUCUUCUUUUUUAUCAGUACCAAUUCAUCCAUUUCUUUGAAUAAUUGUUGGGUUAAGAUCAGUGAAUUAUAUAUAUACACAUGAAGACUGAUCGAUAAUUAAUUAAUUAGGUGGUUGUGAUCAUGCGUAAACGUUUAUCGAUGGCAAUACUGCUAUAAAUAUAUGUUAAUAGACUUACGUGUAUGCAUGCAUGGUCUAAUCGAAAUG